GCUGUCGAUUACAGUCCGCCGAUGCGAACGGAACUUUGACGACAACCUCGGAAUGAUAAAUCGGAUCGUAUCGUGAGAUCCAAAGCCGUAAUAUUAAAGUUGUGAUUGUUGGUUAUCGUUGUUUUUAUUAAAUUAAAUUGUUUCAUUAUUUGUUAUAUUUAUUUUUUUGUAUUUCGACGGAUUUGGUGUCCGAGGCGAAGAAAACGGAUAUCUACUGUUACUGCGGCUGGUAGUGAGGUAUACAUAUUUUGGGAGAAGAAACGGCAUGUCAUUAUUGUUAACGCGAUUUUGCAGAUGACGAAUCUGGGAUUUAAGAACACAUUGCACGACAGAAACACUUCCGCAUGGCAACUGAUAAAGAAAUCCACCGUGACAUUACCGUGGCUAUAGGAUUUUAGCAUAGCAAUGGAUCAUUAUUUAAGUAAUCAAGGACGAACACUCAAACUUGGACAACACAUUUAAUUCUAAAAGCUUAGUGGAUUUAAGGGUUAGCGAUGAACUCGUCGUUGGCAGACAAUGAUACGGCCAAAGGUUCUGUCAACACCACAACCAGUUCACAUGAUUUAUUCAAAGACAGACACCUCACCGACUACUUGUUGAUAGUACUGUUCUGCCUUGUCAUAUUGACUACGGUGGUAGGUAACACGUUAAUUAUAUUCGCCGUUUUUACAACCAGACGACUCCGGACAGUAACGAAUUACUUCGUGACGUCGUUGGCUGUUGCUGAUUGGCUUGUAGGAACGUUCGUCAUGCCAAUAGCCGUCGUAUAUCAUGUUACAGGCGAAUGGACGUUUGGACCUUUGAUAUGUGACAUUUGGGUCUCGCUGGACGUGUGCCUAUGCACUGCGUCGAUACUCAGCCUUUGCGCCAUAUCAAUUGACAGAUAUUUUGCCAUCACCAAACCUCUGCGGUACUCAAAAAAACGGAGGUCCAAAAGACUCGCGUCGCUCAUGAUAUUAGUUGUAUGGCUGGUUUCAUUGGUCAUAACGUGUGCUCCACUUUUUGGAUGGUACGACGAAAAGCGACACACUAAAAACACCUGUACCUAUAACCAAAACAAGGUGUACGUGGUGUUUUCGGCAAUGGGCUCGUUUUUCCUGCCACUGGUAGUCGUCGUAUACGUGUAUUUAAAAAUAUCCUGUGUAAUUGCGGAAAGGCACAAUAAACUCGAAGCUCUCAACGGACAAAAAUUAAAGAUAUCCCGUUACAGCCACGAAUCGAUGGAAAGACCAUCGGUGGAAAUGGACGAAAUCGUACGCGUCAGCUAUAAUGUCAGUUUGCGCAGAGGUGACGAUUGCCGGGUUUCGCUGAAGCGCGAGAAUAAAACGGCGCAAACGCUGUCCAUAGUGGUCGGCGGGUUCAUCGCCUGUUGGCUGCUGUUCUUCAUCGUGUACCUGAUUACGCCGUUUUUGCCGGCGUCGGCCAUACCGGAAGACAUGAUGAAGUGGCUUACGUGGCUGGGUUGGAUAAAUUCAGCCAUCAAUCCCUUUAUAUACGCGUUCGUCAGCCAGGACUUCAGGAUGGCAUUUUGGCGGUUGACGUGCAGCUACUGCACGGGGCACAAACCCAACCCAAACACGCCACACAACCGGUUCGUGAUCAGAUACAGUCAUUAUUCGAGGAACCAAGUCUAAACAAAUGCGUUGUUCGGUCGUCUACGAUACAGCCAUAUGAUAUUUCGAUGAUUUAAACAUCUUAAACAAUAUAAUAAUAUAUAUACUUUAUAUGGUGAAAUCUCGUUAAAACGGUGGUCUAUAUACGCAAAACGAAUUUUUUCCUCGUCGAGAUUACAUUGAGACGCGGAAACGAAAUGUGUUUUUAAUGUUUUAACGGGUAUGAAUGUACAAUAUAUUUACUAUAUUAGUAAAACAAAAUUUCCUGUUUAAAUCUCGUCGAAUGUCAUACACGCUGAUAAACCCCAAUUGCACACAACUUAUCUUACUAAUAACCUAUUGCAUUAUUUUUUACUAUUUGUUAUUCUUGAGUUAAUUUUUUAAUUAUUACAAUAUUUCAGAGCUCACACAAUAAUAUUUAUCAUUAAAUAAUAAAAUAAAUUAUUGUAUUUAUCGAGUUUUUUAGAUUUUACUCAUAAAAAACAAACGAUAAUAGAUUUUUGAAAAAAAAAUAUUUUUUAUGUUUUUUACCAAUUAUAAUAAUUUUUUACAUAUUUUUUACUAUCAAACAUUAUUCUUAGUAGUCUAUCUUUGAGUAAGUAAGUGAAAACUAUUCAAAUCAUAGACGUUUUAAUCAGCUAGCUAAAUGCUAUUUAUUUAUUUUCAUAAAAUAUAUUACGUUUAAGUAUAUAUAGAUAAAAUUAAACAGGAAUUUUUUUUUUUUUUGGUCCCAUAAAAUUCCGUUUUAACGAGGUUUCACAGAUCUUAUCCAUAUUAUAUAGAAACAAUACAGUACAUUUAAGUAGACAGCUAGUCAUAGUUGUGUGUUUAUGUAAUGUGUGUAUUUGUACGAUAUAUUGGACGCAGGGUUUGAUCACCAUUAAAUAAUACUGUAAAAUAGCACACUCGGUACCGCUCUGGCCACGAGAAAUUUUUUAAUGGAUUUCCGCGCCACAUCCACUCCAGUCGUGUCGAUUCGUCGACCGACAUAUUAUUACUACUAUUAUUAUUAUUACCGUCGCCAUUCGUGUUAUUAUUAUUACUAUUAUUAUUAUUAUUAUUUUUAUUAUUAUUAUUAUUAUUAUUAUUAUUAUUAUGAUUAUUGUUACGUCGAUUUUAUUUUAUUGUCGUAUAAAAAUUUGACGUACGCGAUAUUGUAUAUUAUACACUACGAACAAUACCUACGAACUGUCGAACUAGAAGAGUAAGAAAACUAUAACACAGCAGCAGUGUCGAUUUCCUAGACGCAGUUAAAUAAUAUACGGAAAGUAAAAACUGAACCAACACUAGUGCGCUGUACAGAUUAUCGAGUAUAACAUAUCGCAAUGUUCGAGCAUUAAACACUUUUCUAUUUAACUAUUCUAUACAUGUACAGUUAACUCAUUUAAUCACCAAACGCGUAAAAAUUAUAUGGGUAUAAAAAAAUACACUAAACCGAUACAAAUAUUUUUGCUCAGUUUCAAUUAAUUUUGAUGAUUUUUUUUUAUCUGCCUCUAAGUUAUAAUAAGCUAAAUUACGUUUUGAUUGUUUCGCCAAACUUAAAUGCCAAUUACGAUUCAACUGAGUAAUGGAAGAAAACACGUAGUCUUUUAUGUUUCUUCGUUCGAUUAAGUGCUAAAUAUUGUUUGCUUUUGUUUUAGUCAAUGAUUCACUAUUAUGGUGCUGUAUUGUAAUUUUUCUUACGAAAUCUUAUUCGUGAAGGUUAAAUACCCACGAUUGUGGUGUAAGUAAACUCGUUGCUCUUGCGUGUAAACAAAUAUAAUAAUAUUUUUAUUUACUGAUUAAAUAUUUUAUGAAUUCGUCUCAUAAACGAUUGUGUGUAAAUAUAACAAUCGUUCAAAAUAAAACAAACAUAAUUGAUUAUAUUGGCAAUGAAUAAUAAAUAUGAAUUCAAACGUUCAAACAUUAACUCACAAUAAACACUUAACUAUACGACUUUGCAAGAAUCAAUACGACUUGCUUAUAUUAUUAUUAGGUAUUUUAUUUCAUUAUAUAAUAUAUACAUAUUUCGAUAAAAAGUAUAAAAUGAAAUUCUCUUUCAGACACAUUUAUUCGCACUUUGCACAUUUAUACGUUUAUCCAUCUUAUAUUAUGCUAACUGAAUACUUUUAGCGGACAAUAGGCAUGCUUAUAUAUUAUGAUAUAAAUGGUUAUAAAAAUGUAAAUGUUAAAAACUCACUCGAAGACGUUUAUGUAGGUAUAUAAGCGCACACAACAAUAAUACGAAAAGGUUUGAAAUUAAUUACCCGCGCUAAACAUAUUGUAUGUCAAGUAAAAGUGAAAAAUACUCUUUGGACAUAAAUAAAUUAUUACAUUUAAUACAAUAUUUACAUUUACCAAUUUUAGACUUGACACGUUUACACAGAAAUAAUUUGAUUGAAUUCGUUAUACAUUAAAAUAUUUGUUGGCUUGUUUAUAUUUUACGGACGAUAAAAUGUAGGUAUAAAUAUUCACUACAAUGAAAUGACAUAAAAUUAGUUACUUAAUAAAAUUUAAAAUGAAUUGUAGUAAAAAAAAAAAAAAAAAAUGGUUAGUUUGAAUGUUAAUGUAAUUUUGUGAUCACAAAGUAUCAUCUGAAUAAAAAAUAAAUAAAUAACGUGUUGAAAAAUGGUAUCAAAUGUAUUAUACUUGUUAGAAGAUAUUUUAAUAUCGUAUUUUAAAUACAAUUUCAACUUACAAGUCACCAUACUCAAAUCAUUGUGCAAAAGGGAAUUUUAUUUUGCAAUAAUUUAAAUUUUUUAUUACAGGUAUGUGCUUGUAAUAAUGCGCAGGUAUUUUGGCCUUUAGGUAAUAUCAAUUUAACUGUAUUUUAAAAUUCAUGAAAUAAUUGUGCGUUUUAAGCGUUAAAUUGCUUGUUUGUCAGUAUUAUUUUUUAAUACGUUUAAAAAGUUAGUAGGUAAUGCAUAAAACAAAUUAUGUACGUUUAUAAUAUACCUGCAAUCACACGUAUCACAAAUUUUCAAAUAAUAUAAUAACAAUAAUAAUUGUUUGGAAAUCCAUCAAUUCCCAAAUAAUAAAAAUUAAAAAUUAAAACACUCCAAAAGUGUUAACUGGAGGAAGUAUAAUUUUAUUAAAAACUUAUUUUCGACAACACCACAGCAGGAAUCUAAUUAGUUUUCUUAUUUGACUAUACUAUUUCUUUUUUUCUUUAGUUAAAAAAAUGACUAAAUAUUAGUUCAAUUCUUACUGUUUAUCACCAAAAUGAUAAAAAUUUACUAAAAUGAUCUAUAAUACUGAUCCUCACCCUUACCGAAUUUUUAUUGUAAUAUUCAAAACAAGAAUAAAAAUCUUAAUUUUAAAAGGCAUUUAACUACUUAUACAAUAUAAUAUAUAAUACAAAUAACAAUAUUAAUAACUAAAUCAAUGUAAAAAUGUAUAGAUAAAAACAAAUUUAAACUAAUAAUAUUACUUUAAUGUCCCAUCGAAACGUAUUUAGAGUAUAAAAUAUUUGUUUUAUUCGACUAGUUUCGACUGCUAUGAGUUCACGAAGAGUGAAUGCUUUCAGCUGACCUGUGAGCAAUCACAAUGACACAAUAUGGUCGAGGUUUUACACUAAUAAAUACAAUUAUCUAGUCACUAAAUAUUACAUAUUUAGCAAAUAUUGCUCUGGAUAAACUUAUUAUUUUCAAAUAAUACUGUGAAUCGUAAUUCGUAAUAAUAUAAUAUUCAAUUCAAAUACCUACGAUCUAAUGCGAGACAGAUCACGAUCUACAGAUUAGUACCUAGUUACAUAAUAUAUAGGUACGACUGCAGAUUACCAUUACUCAGUGUUUGGGAGAGAAAAACUAUCGUUAAAUGGACUAGUGCUGAAAUUUAUAAAGAUUGCGUCAUACAUAAUUAAAAAUUGAUAAAUUUCAACAAACAAAUAUUCAUUAAAUUUUUAAUAAAAAUACAAUUUUACUAUAAAAAAAACUAUUUAGUAAUUAGUAUAAUGUGUACAGUGGCGGACUCGCGGACUGGACGACCGGGAUACCGGGAUAUCGGUCAGCCGCUGCUCAUAUAAAAUAUAUAUUUAUUAAUAUUAUUAUUCUGAAACUAUAAAUUAAAAUAUUACUUAAUAAGUAAUAAGUAUGUAAUAUUAUUAAACAUAAAAACCCAGAUUUCUGAUAAUUUUAAAAUGCGGAACCGGCUUGUGUUCGGCCAGUCCGUUACUUGUUGACAAUUUAUUGUAACAAGUUUAAAAAUGGAAUCUCAAAUAGUUAUUUUUUUUUAUAUAUAUCAAUUAAUUAAAAUAUUUAAAAAUUUAAAAGCUAAAUUGUGUUUACAAAAGAUUAUAAUUAUAUAUAUAUAAAGGACCGUUAGUGUACUCAGGGCCGCUAAAAUUAUGAUUUUGCCGGGCUGUUUUUUCUCCCAGUCCGCCACUAUUUGUGUAUAAUUAUUACUUAUUAGUGUAAUUUAUCAAUGUUAAUGGUCAAUUUUGUUAAGAUUUAUUUUUAUUAGUCACAAUAUUUUAAAUCACCGUUAAUCGUUUUACAUUUUAUUGGCCCAUAUUUAAUGGUUAUAUUAUAUAUUCAAUAUUCAAUAUAUAGAUAUUGGAAAAUCUAAAAAUAUUUUAUUUUAUUGAAAUUUAUGAAUUUUAAAUUAUGUAUAAAAUAAUCCUUAUAGACGUAGAACAUCGGUUAAUCAUAUGAUUUUUACCGAUCACCGUGUAACAAAUAACAUAAAAUUAAAAUACAUUUUAUUACUUAUCAUUUUGUAUUUUAACGUUUACAAUAAUAUCGUUACAUUAUAAAUAACAUUAUUGCGUUACUAUUAUGGAUGUUGAAAAUAAAAUUAUAAAAUAUUAUGCUGUUUCUUGUUUACGGCCCCAUAUUGUUGGUCGUUCUGAUUUUGGCGACAAAUUCUCAAAUAAAAAAAGUCUAUUUGUAUAAAUAAAUGUCAUAAAUGCCAAUUACGAUCUCCUAUUAAUUAAUUAAAUUCCCGUGUUAUGACUGUUAUGAGUAUACAUAUUGUAUCUAAUAUAUAAGACCAUGUAUCGUACAUAAAAUUGGCUUGUUGUUUCUGUGUAUUUUUUUUUUUAACGAAUAUUAUUAUAAAUAUAACUUAUUCUAAUAUGCGUUUACAUUUUGUUCAAACGAACAAUAUUUUAACAAUGCAUUAUAAAUAAUUGAAGUUGUUUUAAUUGAUGUGGUGAUACAAAUUUGUAAAUAAUUUAAAUAUUUACAUUUAAAAAUAUAAGUGUUUGAUAGAUAUACUUCAUUGUUUGUAAGAAUUACAAUUAUAAAAAUAUUAUUAUUAAUGAUUGAUAAAAACGUAUUGCAUACGUAAUUUUGAUUCGUGAUUUUAAAUUCAAAAAUAUAUAUAUAUAUUUUGUUUGAUUGUGAUGUGAUAUUUUUUCAAUAUUAUGUAUUGAGUACGUGAAUAUGUAUGACCAAAAUUUAUAUUAAUUAACUACAAUUGUAUACACAGGUGAGACAAGAAUCA